UUCACGUGCUUGUGGCGCGCACGAGAGGAGCGAGUCGUAGCGACGGUACGUUCUCUCUAUCGCUGAGUCGGACCGUUUCUCUUAAUUUUUCUCCGAACGCCGCGCACAAAAUAAAUAGAUUAACGAAGUGUACGAAGUCAAAGCUCGAACGAUCGCGAGCGUAAAGUAAUUAUUAUUUUUUUCAAUUACGCUGAGCAAUCGAUUCGAUUCGUAAUUUGCCACCGAUCGAGCUUUUACCGCGUGAAAAAGUUGUAAGCUGAUUUAUGUACCGAAUGCGAUCAAAGAAGAAGCCAGCAAAAGUUAUACGCAAAAAAACAAAAAUAAUCGACGUCCGAAAAUGUGCAAAAAGCUAUUGAACCAAUGGUUGUGCAGUGAAGAGUAAAAAAAAUAACAAUUUUUCCCAAUUCAGUGCGCUCUCCGCCAGUGGCUAACGUGUAAAAAAAAAUCCCGAAUAUACGCAAAUUACUCUCGAAAAAAAACCUUUGCCCCGCGAGUGCGAAAGAAUAUAUACAUACUCGCGUCGCGAGGCCUAUCAAUCCUUGUCACACGCAGAGAGCGGCGGCGAUUGUGCAGUUUGCAUUCCGCAGGCGGAGCAAUAUUAUACCAGCGCGCAACGGCGGACGUAUACAUGUAUCGGUAGAAGAAACGUAAACCGAUAUCAACAUCGAGAUUUUAGAAAAGCCGCAGCGGCGUCGAUUGCUGUGCUUCCUCGGCAACGGAAGCAGUAUAUAACACACACACAAGCAACAGGCCGCAGAAUGAGAAAAUCAAUGGGAAUAUGCCCCGGGCCAAUUAAAUACGCUCAGGGCACAUCAAACCUGGCGCAUCUGAGCACCAAUACGAGCUGCUCGUGUUGCUGCUGCUGCUGCUGCUGCUGCAUCGUAAGCAAAGAGCAAUCAUUGUAAUCCGCCACCGCAUCCACAUCAACGAGCAGCAGAGAGAGCAGCGCGGUAUAUACGAAAAAAAAAUAACGACCGAAUCAAUUAAAAAGGGAUUACGGAGAAGAUAAAAAUAAUAGAGAUAGAAUAGAGAGCCCGCACACCAUAAGAGCACAACGCACGAGGAUGAUACGCUCGUUUAUGCGGUUGAUUUUCGUGUACGGCUGCGUCGCGCUCGUGGCCCCUGCGACGACUACUACCUCGUCGAUGGACGAGGACUACUCGAACGAGACGGGGGCCGCCUCCUACGAGCUCUACAACGGCACGAACUGCGAGAACUUCCUGAGCGUCGUCAACAGCAGCGUGAAGCGAUGCGUCAAUCAGGAGGAGUUCGUCAGCGCCAUCUACGAGUACAUCUAUCCGCGGCCCUACGAGUGGCUGCUCGUCGCCAUGCACUGCCUCGUCUUCGUCGUCGGCCUCGUCGGCAAUUUCAUGGUCUGCAUGGCGAUCUAUCGCAAUCACACCAUGAGAAACGUGACGAAUUACUUCAUCGUGAAUCUGGCGGUGGCCGAUCUGCUGGUGAUCAUCGUGUGUCUGCCGCCCACCGUCGUCUGGGACGUCACGGAGACCUGGUUCUUCGGCAUGAUACCGUGCAAGAUCGUGCUGUACUUUCAGACGGUGUCCGUCACCGUGAGCGUUUUGACAUUGGCGUUCAUCUCUCUGGAUCGAUGGUACGCCAUUUGUUACCCGCUCAGAUUCAAAUCGACGACGAGCAGAGCCAAGUCUGCGAUCGUGGUCAUCUGGGUGAUAGCACUGGUGCUGGAUAUUCCCGAGUUAGUGGUAUUGCAGACGGUUUCAGUGCACGGCAACAAGACGCAUCUCAUGACACAAUGUACAUAUAAUAUGACGGACGCCCAGAUACUUGGAUUUAUUAUUUUCAAAUUCGUAGUCCUCUACGUCAUGCCCUUGGCAUUCAUUAUUUUUGCUUACUGCCAAAUCAUAAGGGUACUCUGGAGGAGCGACAUUCCUGGCCACAAUCUAUCCACUCGUAUGCUCCAUUCCAACGAGAUAACUUCGCAGGCGAACAUCGGCACACCCGCGGAGAGUCAACUGAAGUCCCGUCGAAAAGCGUCGAAAAUGCUCGUGGCCGUCGUGCUACUGUUUGCCAUCUGUUGUUUUCCAGUGCACUUGAUGGGCAUAUUGAGAUACACGAUGAAUUUUACGACCGAAGACGUCCCCAUUUGGGUGAUAAGCAGCUGCAUUUUUCACUGGCUACUGUACCUGAAUAGCGCAAUUAAUCCGGUCAUAUACAAUUUCAUGAGCGGUAAAUUUCGCCAAGAGUUCAAGCGAACGUUCUGCUGUCCGAGCGACGGUGGCGCUGGCUCGUCCCACGGCGGCGGCCGCGCGGGGGCCUAUCGAAAAGUCAAGAAUCACCACCAGCUGCUGACCAGCCGAUCGAUGCGCACCACGUGCAGCAACUUCAACAUCAGGACCAACACGCUGGUGAACUGCAACAAUAAUUUUCACCUGAGCUCCGAAGCCAUACCGCUGAGUACGGUUUGCGUAACGACGGCGGCCGCCGCGGUUAACAAUCAGCAGCAGCAAGCGAUUGUUCAGCAGAACUGCUUCAAGGAGCGAUGAUGAGUUUUUCGCGCCGCGAGUUCCGCUCGUGACAAAGGACUGAGGCUGUAAAUGUUUCGGAGGUCAAUGACAGAGUACUUUUCAAGGACCUCGCAGAAUCAAUAUUAAAUUUUGAAUUGAAAUUUAACAUUUUGGCUACGAAAAAAUGCACCCUUGAAAGCUACUUGCUCCGUUCUCUCUGGAAUAUUGUGACAAAGUGUAAUAAAUAUCGCACAAUGUAACGAAAUUAAAUGAAAAUUUUCGUAUGCAAAAUAACAGCGAAGAGGAAAUUUAUUCGCAUAUUAUUACUCGAGGACCACAGCACAGAAGCUCAAUAAUUGAUCAUUUUCAUGAGCUUAUAAAGUCUAACAAGUGAAAUCUGUGUUUAUAAUUUACGCAUAAAUCUUUGUAAAUUCCUUGUUGUGUGAAAUACACUCGAGUAAUAUGUGCUCGGGAUAAAUCAAAGUAUAACGCUCGACGCAUUUCUCUCAUUUUUGAAUAGUGUUUUAUAUAUUGUAGCAUAAGCGUGUGAGACGAAAAGUAAAGAAUUACCUUGAAAAAAACGUGCGAGUCGAGCUCUCGAAUGAAAAAUUUGUAAAAUAUACUGGAUAAGCUAAUUUCAAGUACUGUUUAAAGUAGAAAAUAAGUACGCGUUUUAUGAAUGUUUACAGUGCGUCUUCGGCGUCGAUAAUUAUCUUCUCCGAACAACGCAUGUUUAAUUAGAAGAAAAAAAUUUUUAGCAUUGAAUUAUCGGGAAACUGCUUACACCUCCCUAAACAGCAGUUAAUUUGUACAUAUUACGCAUAUACUCGAUUACGGUUCAGCAGCCUAUUAAUUUGUAAAACAACAGUGUUACGUUGAAAUUGAUUGCCAUGUUAGCUCAUCCCAUUAUUCAGUGUUGCGCACACUACUACUUAUCGAUUACCUUUAUAUCAUAUUCAUGAAAAUAAAUAAUUGCUAUGUAAUAAUGAGUGUAUCUAUUGGUAGCCGAAACAACCAAAAUAAUAUCUGUGCGAUUACGUAAAUUUUUUAAUACUGAUGCACUUUAAUUAAUGCAGAUUAUAAAACUAGUACCGAUACUACUCACAAUCAGUUAUUACUGCAACUACUAUAUGAAAACUGAAAGUUUUAUUGUGUAUAUAUAAUCGAUGUGGCUCAUCGUUUUGUAAAUGUGUAUUACUUGUUUUUAUUACCGAAUUUGAUAGAGCAUGAUUGGGGUAAUAAAAAAAUGUUCGAUUCGUAUUUUUAAUGAUUUUAUAUAUUUUUUUUAUUUACAAUAUACAUUUCGAAGUAUUAUUACAAUGUUUGUUAAUCAGUUAAUGUAAGAGUAAAUCCUAAUCAAGAUAAAGAAAUGAUUCUUCGCCCUUGAUGGACAAAAAAGUUGCGAUUCGUUAUUAUUGUUCAAAUAGUUUGAAUACAAUAAUUUAAAAAACUUUUAAAGCCUGUAGUAGUGUCUUAAUUUUAAAAGCAUGUCUGCUGCCCUUCGUUUCGUGAUCAAAUUUUUGGUACAAUAAUCAUGAGAUAUCAAAAAAUUUACUACUUUUCAACUAGCAAUAGUCAGUAGUUCAACGCUCGCGUUUGCGUAUACGAUUUUAUCAUCGUACGUAUGUAUUGUUUAAGCGGCGCGUUCAUAUACGUUAAGGCAACAUGCUAUAUUGUAUGGUGUACAAAUUUUAUUUUAGCACAUAAGUAAACGAAAUAAUACCAAAGACAUUUUUCAUUUCAAUUUUCAUGCCCAAGCGAAAAAAUAUUAUCUUUUUUUUUCAUUAAUCUGAAAUUAUAUUUUAUGAUUAUAAAGCUCAAUAUUUUUAAACGUGAAAAAAUCUUUAGUUCAUAAUUAUCAUAGUAUUUCGUGCAACAGGUGUGGAUAUGCUUUUUCUACAAAACGAGGAGCUGCUGUCCCAAUUUUUGUUAAAUAAACAUAUCCACCCAAGUUGCUUACAAACUUUUAUAGCACGAAAGCCUCAAAUAAGCGGCAAAGUUGCGAUUUUUUAGUUCAGAGUGCUAUAAAAAGUAUAAUUACAUUUAUCAUAGGAAGAUUGAGCUAAA